CUUCGAUCGGGAUCCUACAACGGGUCGAACCGUGUCCGUCACUCUACGAUUUUGGUGAACUUGUGCGAGCGGAUCGGUUUCCCUGGAACUACGAUUCCUGCCUGAAAAGGACGUCUUUUCUGUUUUUUCAAUCUCGAAGAACACCAAUAAUCACAUGGCGAUCACUUCGGUCAACUCACAAUCGGUGACGGUUCUUAUACGCGCUUGGAUUUUCAUGAUAAUCUUUUGUUUCGCGGGUGGUGUAGCAGGUUCUUGUUUAAGCUAUGGACAUUCAUGUUGGGGAGGUCAUGGUAAACGCAAUGGAGGACAUAACAAUGGAUAUUUAAUGCCAUCCAAGACAAUAAAUGAACAAGGUGUACCAUAUCUUACAAAAGAUCAAUUCAUACUUUCCCGUUUGAUUGGUCGACCAUUAGUAUCUAACAAAUAUAAAGGAAGAUGGGACAGGCUUUUCAAAAUAAAAGCUAGUUUUCCAGAACAUUGGAAUGACGAUGAAUUUGAUACCCAUCUUAUUAACAAUGAACCUAUUCGAGAUCAAAACAACAAUGAAAACAUGGACCAGAAUAAAAGGAAACAUAUCGAAAAUGUGCAGAAUAUGGUAGAAUACGAUAAUAUCAACGACGAAAAGAAAGAAAUUCCAGAAAUACUACUGAUAUCGAAUAAUGAGAAUAAUCAUCAUAACAGUAAACCACAAAAUGUAGAGUUAUUCAAAUUUUUGAGUAACACAAAUGGUAAUUUCGAAUAAGAGAAACGAAUAUUGCUAUGAAAUAUGAUGUAAAAUAAAAAUUGUCAUAACUAUAUUGUAAUUGAACUAAUAAGAAUAUUGUUUAAACUAAUUUAUUAGAAAUUCUGUUUCUCAUAUUUAAAAUUGAAUUACUCGAUUAUUCUGUUAGUAGUUUAUAUAAAUCCUAUUUUUAUCUUUAUAAGAUUUUAUCUUUUA